ACGACGUUGGUGACGUCCUCACGCACCGGCGCACCCGUCACGUGCCCGGAAGUGGUGCAUCCGGAGCCGGCCGCGUGCAGGCGACGCGGGCUGCAGAAAUGGCGCCGGCUGUGUCUCCGGGGGCGGCGCGGGGCGACGCGGGCGGGUCCAGCAGUUCAACGCGGAGCCUCAGGGCCGCACCUCCACCUCGGGCCCUGACGACAUGGCGCCGCCUGGGGCGCUGCCUCCUGCUGCUGCUCCUGCCCCAGCUGCUCGCCUCAGGCUACAAGGAGAAUGCCAGCAAACCAGUCUGUGGCAAGCCCUGGUGGUCGGAUGACUUAGACGUGACCCGCCACUGGCCCUGGGAGGUGAGCAUCCGGAUGGAAGAGGAGCACGUGUGCGGAGGGGCCCUCGUUGACCUCAGCUGGGUGGUGACGGCGGCCCACUGCAUCCAGGGCGUCCGCGAGUACUCGGUGAUGCUCGGCACCUCCCAGCUGAAGCCCAAGGAGCCGGGCAGGGCCCUCCUGAUCCCCGUGAAAGACGUGGUGGUGCACCCCAGGUACUGGGGCCGGACCUUCAUCAUGGGGGACGUCGCCCUUCUGCAGCUUCACACUCCGGCCCCCCUCAGCAAGUACGUGCAGCCCAUCUGCCUCCCUGAGCCAGACUUCGACCUGAAGGUUGGCAUCCAGUGCUGGGUGACAGGCUGGAGCCAGGUGAAGCAGCGCUUCUCAGCCAAUUCCGCGCUGACCCCGGAGCUGCAGGAGGCUGAGGUGUUCAUCAUGGACAACAAGCGCUGCGACCGGAUCUACCGCAAGAUGUCCCACGCCCCCCACGUUGUUCCUCUUGUCCUGGCAGACAUGGUGUGCGCCACCAAUUACGGAGACAACCUGUGCUACGGGGACUCUGGGGGCCCACUGGCUUGUGAAGUGGAGGGCAGAUGGAUUCUGGCUGGGGUGUUGUCCUGGGAAAAGGCCUGUGCCAGAGUACAGAACCCAGGCGUGUACACCCGUGUCACCAAAUACAGCAAGUGGAUCAGCAGCCAGAUAAGUGGCGGGGCUCCCCCCGGACCACCUCUCUCCACCUGGCUCCUCCUGCUGACCUGGCUGCUCCAGCCCCCCACGGGCGGGCGGCUGGGCUGUGUCCCCUCCUUCUUCCUGCCUGGCUGCUGAGUGGGGCCAGGUCAAGGCCAGACCAAGGCCAUGUGUCUGUAAUUGCACCAAAGUCAACCUGGGGAUGGGGCGGCCCCUGAGAGAAUGGGGCCGGCUUGGGUGUCCCCGUGGGAAGAGAUGUGGUAGAUGCCUGGGCUACGCCUUGACAGGAAAAGAGAGUCAAGGAAAAGAGAUGUGACCUGGAAGUGUUUGGGGGCUGGGGGCCAGAACACAGGGAUUAAAUUUGUGCAACUAUGA